CACUUCCGGUAGCGCGGAGCUUGUAAAACACCCUGGAGAGAAAAUGGCGGCGGCAGCGGCUUCGGCGCCUCAGCAGCUCUCGGAUGAGGAGCUUUUCUCUCAGCUCCGCCGUUACGGCCUGUCUCCUGGCCCAGUGACGGAGAGCACCCGCCCGGUCUACCUCAAGAAGCUGAAGAAGCUUCGAGAGGAAGAGCAGCAGCAGCACCGGUCCGGGGGCCGCGGCAACAAGACGCGGAACAGUAAUAACAAUAACACGGCUGCUGCCGCGGUCGCCGCGGCGGGAGCGCCGGCGGCGGCCGCGGGGCUGGGGGGCCGGCCGGUCUCUGGCGACCUCUCCUACUUGCGGACUCCUGGGGGUCUGGGCCGAAUCUCGGCCUCUGGCCCGGAGAGCCCCGUGGGAGGGCCCGGGGGCGCCUCGGCCGCCCCCACGGCUGGCAGCAAAGUGCUGCUGGGCUUCAGCUCGGACGAGUCGGACGUGGAGGCCAGUCCCCGGGACCAGGCCGGCGGCGGCGGCGGCGGGAGGAAAGACCGGGCUUCGCUCCAGUACCGCGGGCUCAAACCGCCGUCGGCGCCCCUGGCCGCCAGCGAGGUGACUAACAGCAACUCGGCCGAGAGAAGGAAGCCCCACUCGUGGUGGGGGGCCCGGCGGCCGGCGGCUCCGGAGCUGCAGACCCCGUCGGCGAGAGAUGCAGCCGCGGAGGACGAGGAGGAGGAGGGGGAAGACGGAGAGGACAGGGACCCAGAGGCCGAGGAGCCGCUGUGGGCGAGCCGGACGGUGAAUGGCAGCCGGCUUCUCCCUUACAGCUGCCGGGAGAACUAUUCGGACUCGGAGGAAGAGGAGGACGACGACGUGGCCUCCAGCAGACAGGUAUUAAAGGACGACUCCCUUUCCCGGCAUCGGCCCAGACGGAGCCAUAGUAAGCCUCUCUCUUCGCUGACUGCUAAAUCGGCCGGCGGCCGGCUGGAGACCUCAGUUCAGGGAGGGGGAGGAAUCCCGAUGAAUGACAGGGCGGCGGCUGCGGGGAGUCUAGACAGGAGCCGAAACCUCGAAGAGUCGGCGGCGGCGGCGGAGCAGGGAGGAGGGUGUGAUCCCCUGGACUCUAGCCCCAUUCCUAGGUACCGUGUCACCGCUAAGAAACUGGCCCCUCUCCUGCCCCCGCCACUGACCGACAUGGACUCAACCUUGGAUUCGUCCACAGGCUCCCUCCUUAAAACCAAUAAUCAUAUCGGCGGCGGGGCCUUCAGUGUGGACUCCCCCAGGAUUUUUUCCAACAGCCUCCCUCCCGGUGCAGCGGUGGCUGCCUCCAGUUCACUCAGGAUCAAUCACUCCAAUCAUACGGGCUCCAAUCACACCUACCUGAAAAACGCAUACAACAAACCGAAGCUUUCCGAACCCGAGGAGGAACUUCUCCAGCAGUUUAAACGGGAGGAGGUGUCCCCUACAGGGGGUUUCAGUGCCCACUACUUGUCGAUGUUUCUCUUAACUGCUGCCUGCUUAUUUUUCCUAAUACUGGGACUGACUUACCUAGGAAUGAGAGGGACAGGAGUAUCCGAGGAUGGAGGACUCAGCAUAAAAAACCCCUUUGAUGAAACAUUUGGAAACAUACAAGAGAGUGAGAAAAAUCUUAUGAUGAACACUUUAUACAAGCUUCAUGAUCGAUUGGCACAGCUUGCAGGAGAUCAUGAAUGUGGCAGUUCUAGUCAGAGAACACUUUCUGUCCAAGAGGCAGCUGCAUAUUUAAAAGAUUUAGGCCCUGAAUAUGAAGAUAUAUUUAAUAUUUCUUUGAAGUGGAUUUUAAAAAAUGGAAAAGAUGUUGGAAUAAGGUGUGUUGGUUAUGGCCCCGAGGAGCAAUUGAAAAAUAUAACUGAUGUGCAGUUUUUACAGUCCACAAGACCACAGAUGUCUUUCUGGUGUCGUUUUCGACGUGCUUUUAUUACUGUCACCCACAGGUUAUUGUUGUUAUGCUUAGGUGUAGUGAUGGUUUGUGUCGUUCUGCGUUACAUGAAAUAUCGCUGGACAAAAGAAGAAGAGGAAACAAGACAGAUGUAUGAUAUGGUGGUGAAGAUAAUAGAUGUUUUACGAAGUCAUAAUGAAGCUUGCCAGGAAAAUAAAGACUUACAACCUUACAUGCCUAUUCCACAUGUGCAAGAUUCCUUAAUACAGCCUCAUGACAGGAAAAAGAUGAAGAAAGUCUGGGAUAGAGCUGUUGACUUCCUUGCUGCUAAUGAGUCUAGAGUUCGCACAGAGACACGAAGAAUAGGUGGUACAGAUUUUCUAGUUUGGCGCUGGAUCCAGCCUUCUGCCUCCUGUGACAAAAUAUUAGUAAUACCUUCUAAAGUAUGGCAAGGUCAAGCAUUUCAUUUAGAUAGAAGAAAUUCACCACCAAAUAGUUUGACACCAUGUUUAAAGAUUCGAAAUAUGUUUGACCCAGUUAUGGAAAUAGGGGAUCAGUGGCAUUUGGCAAUUCAAGAAGCAAUUUUAGAAAAAUGCAGUGAUAAUGAUGGCAUUGUUCAUAUUGCAGUAGACAAAAAUUCACGUGAGGGCUGUGUAUAUGUUAAAUGUCUGUCUCCAGAAUAUGCUGGAAAAGCUUUUAAGGCAUUGCAUGGCUCUUGGUUUGAUGGGAAAUUGGUUACAGUAAAAUAUUUACGACUAGAUAGAUAUCACCACCGCUUUCCCCAAGCUCUUACUUGCAAUACUCCCUUGAAGCCAUCAAAUAAACAUAUGAACUCUAUGUCUCAUCUUCGUCUUCGGACUGGCCUAGCCAAUUCUCAAGGAGGUUCCUGAAAAGACUUUCUUCCACUCCUAGGAUUGGUAUUUACAAUAGGAAAAUUCCCGUUUGGCUUCUUGUCUUCCUUUUAAAUGCUUUUUGUAUGUAAUAUUUUUAUUGAAUACAGCUCUGUUUGAAUGUUCCAGAAAUCUUAAGGUUCCAAAGGGACUUAACAGUGAGGCAGCAAUGCCGAGUAGACAGAACAAUUGUUUCAUUUAGUUUUUGGAGCUCAGUUAAGCCAAUGCAUUUAAAGUUUUGCAUGAGGAACAUUGACGUUAUUAAGCAUUUUCAGAUGUGGUGGUUGUGUUUUUGCACCACAAAGUGUUUGGAUAACCACACAAAAGCAUGGUGAAGAGGCCUCUUGUAUUUCCAUAAUUUCCUGUGAACUAAUGUUGUGCAUUUUUGUAUACAGUCACCUGCAUAGUUCCUUACCAGGCCAGUGUGGUAAAACUGUUAAUUUCCCAAUUUAACCUUAGGUUUCUAUUGCUUGUAAGAGAUUCAUUUGUUACAGCUGGAAUACAGGAAAAUUAAUUUGGGUUUAGUGGUUACAUAUACCUGUAGGUGGAUGUACAUGUACUUAAACUGGCUUUUGUAUAUAUGUAUAAAUGCUGGGGGUUGGCGAAAGUAGUCUUGUUUUGUGAGGAUGUCUGCAUUAAAGCAGUAAAAUAAGCUUCCUAUUUUAUUCAUAAUCUAAUGUGUACAUAUGUAUGUGUAUAUAUGUGUGUAUGUGUAUAUAUAUGUAUGUGUAUAUGUGUAUAUAUAUACACACAUAUAUACAUAUGGCUGUACUAUCACAUAGAUCAAACAGCCAAACACCUGGAAGUAUUAGAUACAAGUUUAAAAUAUCUUUUAUAAGUUUUAUAUAAAAAUGUCUGAGUAUGAUUUUGUGUGAAAGUUACGAUAUCGGUUGUAAUGGAUUCAAAUUUCUGUGAGCAAUAAAGAUGCAAUUGGCAGAUAUUGGAAAA